CGUAAAAGUGUAGUACGGCAGUUCUGUCACUUUACGGCCUAUUGUAUUUCUUCUUAACAUUCUGUCAGUACGGCUGUCCUUGAAACAUGGCGACAACUUGACGGUUUAAUAGUUCAAUAUUUAAUACUUUUUUGGCUCUUUUUGUGUGUGUGUGUUGUUUUAUUUCCACGGAGCCAACGCCAAACACUGAGGAAAACCCGACACACGAUGGCGUCUGGCUUCCUCAAGUAUGCGGCGCUCCUUCAGAAGUACAGAGCCCCCCUGAUGAUGGCAAGCUGCGGCGGAGUCUUUGCAGUCAACAUGUUCUACCAUGUCUUCCCCGACAUGUCCUACCGUCAGCUCUACCAGGCCUGGCACAAAGGAGAGCCGGUCACUCUGUCCGAGAAACUGGAGGACCUUUUCCAGCAGGUGCUGAAGGACUGCGGUAUCGCCUCAACCCAGAAUUUCUCCGCCUUCGCCUCCUUCGGGUUCCACCCGGUCGGUGCCGGUGUGCCCUGGCUCCCCGCCGGGGCCCAAAUCGGCAUCCCGGCAAACUUUAACAGCACGCUCGCCGACAACAGCGGCAUCACCGACCGGACCGUUUUCAUCAACGGGAAAACCGUGGAGUGGGACAGCGACGCCGGCGCCGACCUCAAGGACUCGCUGGUGUUUUCCCGAGAGGCGCAGAAAUUUGCCGUAGCGCGAGAGGUGGCCCGUCUGCAGUCGGGAGCGCCCGUCGUGAGCACCGCCGUCGCUCCCGUCUGUCUAAGCGGAGUGUGGGUGUACAGCGUGGUGCUUAAACAGGUGUUCAAUCUCCACGCUGGACCCGUGUUGUUGCGCGGCGCGGCGAACGCGGUGGCGAUGGGGAUCGGCGCCUUGUCCUACUUCCUGACCUCGGACGCCGUCACCCAGUGGAAUGACUACAGCGCCGACCGCCGCGCCGCUCGGGUGUCCCGCGAGUACGCCAGGGGCGGGCUGGAGUUUUACGAUAAGAUUCUGUCCAGAAACAAGACGCUGCGCUCACUCAUGGGACACAAAGGGGUGGAGAUGUACGCGCCCAGCGGGAACUUAUUUCCCGCUCAUCUCCUUCGGCUCAAACACACGCCGUACACCUCCAGGAGGCAGGGCAUACUCACUCUCAUCAAGAAGGAGAACUUUUAAACACUCUCUUCUGGCUAUUUCUCCAUCUUUGUAAAAUAAAUAUAUAAAGUAAGUGCAUAUUUAUAUGUAUAUGUAUGUAUAUAU